AAAAGAUAAAAACCUGUAACCAAACCUUUGUUCAUGAAGGAAGCAGAAAACGGUGCAACGUCAGAUUCAAACGACAGUACUUUGCCUCUAAAGAAUAAUGCAGGACGAACAUUCAGAGAUGGCGUUCGUAAAAUUGAUCUGAUCCUGGUUGUGAAAGAUGAGGAAAACAUCAUAAGUGACAUCAUGAAAAAUAAUUUUCUCACCAACAUUGUUAAAACUGGAUUUGAAAUUGAAUUUGAAAAUGGUGUAUUGCCAAUACACAGGAAUCUAGUAUUUUUUAAAAUACAUUGCCCGAGUGAUGUUCUCAAUAAUUUGGGAAAAGCUUUUGGAGUAAAAUGCGUUCAGAGUGCUCGAUUCGAACACAUAAUGUCACACAAAGAACGCGAGUGGUUAAAUUUAAUAAGAAAGGAGUACACACAACCAUUACAAUACUCGAGCUUGGAGAGAAGCCUCGUAGUUUAUAUGGCAUUGCUGAACGUUCCAUUUGGAGACAGACAAAACUACAUAGGGCUGGAAAGGCUAAUGAAACGCAAUAUUGUGGUAGAUGCAUACGCGUUGCAUGACGGACCGUACUACAUUCCACAAGACGCUUCUAGAAUUAAUGCUCGUCAGAUCCUGUUUUAUAAUUGGGCCGGUACGACAAAUAUGUUUACCAGACAGCCAUUAACCCUGGUGCAUGAAUACUUUGGACUGAAGGUUGCCCUGUACUUCGCUUAUUACGGACUUUACAAUAUUUUUCUAGCAAUUGUAUCCAUAGUGGCUCUUUUAACAUUCUUCUUAGCUAUAUAUUUUAAUGACGCCUACAUGGAUUUGAGGGCACCGAUUUGUGAAAAUAUGCGUACUCUAGGGAUUGUCGUUGUUUGCUUUGAACCUCCAACUUUCAUAUGUUAUUUAUACUAUAUAUCUAGCUUUUGUAAAUGGUAUACAAUGGAUAUUUUAUUCAAUAAUAAGUAUACACCGUACUUUGCAACAUUCCUCCUUCUCUGGGGUAUGUUUUUCUCAGCUUACUGGUUUGGAAAUGAAAAAUAUUUGAACUGGAUAUGGGAAGCGCAUAAUAAAGACUACAAUAGUAAACAAAUAAGACCAGACUUCGAGGUUUUAGAAAAAACACAAAAAUCAAAUAAAACGGGCAUUGUUGUUGUCAAACAUCGUGAUUCUAAAUUUAUAAUCUCAUUAUGUUAUAUUGGUAUCAUUUUAUUGGAUGUAUUAGUUUUUGCUGUCUUUACACAUCGAAAAACGAUGUUUAAAUUGAUACCAGACAAAAUUGCUUUGGUAACCAUUUAUCUCACGAUUGGUUUCGUCAUAGCUCUCUACAUCGUUGAUCUCAUUCAUAGAAAGGUUGCCACUUAUAUUGUUCGAUUGGAAAAUCAUAAAACAUACGUAUCGUAUAGCCGGUCCCUUGCAAAACACAUCUAUGUAAUGUGUUUCUCUCUGCCUAUGAUAAUAAUUGGAUACUAUGGAUUUCAGACGGCAGUUUUUGAAUUUCUACUGUGGCGCGGUUACAAACAAAAUUUGCAGCAUCUAUUGGACAAUACGUGUGGGAUGAGGUCGUGCAGCAACAUUCUUACCAUUUCAUUUACAAUUGUCCUGCUUCUAAGAUUUGGCAUAUUAAGAAAAUUAUCACUUUACUCAAGUGUGACUGAUUAUAAUCAACGUGAAAUAGUAGAAAACGUUCCAUGCUGGGAGAGAGAAUUCGUUUUACCUCGAUUUAAUGAAAAUGUUUUAGCAAGCAAAAUGGCAACUCUUGUAACGCAGUUCACCUUGAUAAUCGCCUUUGGUUUUUCAUGUCCACCCGCAAUAUUAAUUGUAUUGCUGUUCAACAUCUACCACAUCAGGCGCGACGCAACAUUAUUUACACUUCACUAUCAAAGACCAUUGCUUUUGAGAAACAAAGCCUUUAACGUAUGGACUGAAAUUUUGAAACUAAUGGUUUAUUUAGCCAUCAUUGUAAACGUUGUAUCACUAGUAUGCUCCACAGACUUUAUCGAAACAUAUUUACGUGUGCGCAGAAUGCCGCCAUUUCAUUCGCUUGAUGAAUUUCUUAAGAGCUUUUAUGUCCGCGUUCUACUAGUACCGGUAUUAGAAAAGGGCUAAAAGGAGAGGGAAAUGAUUAGAUUAGCUAAAAUAUGAACUUGGGUGACACAUAAACAUUGUUGAAACAAGAUUCUUACUAGAGCAGCAUGUUAAUGUUUCUCAGGGGACCUCUACAUUGAAGGGAUAGUCAAUGACAGUGCUAGCAAGUGCAUAAAAAAACAAUCUGUGUCUUAGCUAGUUCGCAUCUAUAGUGUGUCUAAAUAAGAUAGAUUAGUUUGAUAAAUGACGCACAUGAAGUAUCGAAUUCAAAUUGUAUGAAGUUAAAUGCUGUACUUAAUAGACAGGUAUCGUAGUGAUGAAACAAACACACAUAGCGAAUAAAUAUGAACUAUCGAUAUUUGGUUUAAAUAAUUAUCGAACUCGACUAAAAUUAUUAUUUUCUUAUCAACUAAUUUAGAGGACAAUUCUGGUAUUGAGUAUAGUAUAGAGAAGAGCGAUGACAAUAGUAGUAGCGAAAUCCAAUUCGAUUACGUACAGCUGCAGUAGUAUUAAAUAUUUAUUAAC